UAGAAUAAAAUGAAGUAUCGAGUGUAUUCCCUCAAAACAGGCAUAUAUGGCAACCUGACCUCAAGUUUCUCUUGAAACAAACACGGCAGACGCCCAAGGAAAUGGCUCUUCUUCAGCUCAUUCCUUCCUCCUCUUCGUCUCUCUCUACCAAACCCACUUUAAACCCUAAUAACAUUCCCUCUCCCUUAAACCCAAACUCUUUGUUAUUUUCAAGGAGAACUAAUUCCCUCCGCAGACAGCGAAGCAACUCUCUCCGGUGUUCCGCCUCCUCUUUCUCCGAGAAGCACCAUACGAAUCCUCCCAAGUCCAACGACGUCGUAGAGCUCCCCCUCUUCCCCCUACCGCUCGUGUUGUUUCCUGGCGCGAUUCUCCCCCUACAGAUCUUCGAGUUCCGGUAUCGGAUGAUGAUGCACACUCUCCUCCAGACCGAUCUUCGCUUCGGCGUCAUAUACUCCGACGCUGUUUCGGGCACCUCCGACGUCGGAUGCGUCGGAGAGGUGGUCAAGCACGAGCGCCUCGUCGAUGACCGGUUCUUCCUCAUCUGCAAGGGACAGGAGCGGUUCAGAGUGACCAACCUCGUCCGCACCAAGCCGUACCUCGUCGCCGAGGUGACGUGGCUGGAGGACCGGCCAUCCGGAGACGGGGAAGAGGAUCUAGAGGCGCUGGCGAACGAGGUCGAGGCGCACAUGAAGGACGUGAUUAGGCUUUCGAACCGGCUUGGCGGGAAGCCGGAGAAGGAGGCGCAAGACCUUCGGCGGAACCUGUUUCCGACCCCAUUUUCGUUCUUCGUUGGGAGCACCUUCGAGGGCGCCCCGAGGGAGCAGCAGGCCUUGCUUGAGUUGGAGGACACCGCGGCGAGGUUGAAGAGGGAGAAGGAGACAUUGAGGAACACGCUCAAUUACUUGACGGCGGCUUCUGCGGUUAAGGAUGUAUUUCCUUCUUCCUAAUCGGAGGUACUGAAUCGAAUGAAAAGUACUCUUGCGUAAUUUUACACUGUUUCAAUAAUUUAGCUAAAGUUGUAAAUUUUUCUUUUUAUGUUUAAUUGGAAGUGUAGUUUUAGUUAUUAGAUAGUUGCGGUACCGAAUAGUUUUAUAUAUACUGGAUAAAAUUUGUCAA